AUGGCGCUGGCGGGGCCCCCGGGGGGCGCGGGCUGGACCUGGCGGCCGGUGGCUCGGGACGCGCUCCUGGCGCGGGCCUUCCACUCCUGCACUGAGCUGCGGGGCCGCUUCUACCUGGUGGGGGGCCUCCCGGCCGGAGGGGCAACAGAGCCGAGCGGCGAUACGGUGGUCUUCGACCCGGCCGCGGGCCGGGCGGUGCAGAUGGGCGCCCGGGGCGGCCCGCGGCGCAGCCACCACGACGCAGUGCCUGCGGGCGGACGCUGGCUCUGCGUGGUGGGCGGCUGGGACGGGGCGCGCCGCCUGGCCACGGUGGCCGCGCUGGACACGGAGCGCGGAGUGUGGGAGGCGUGGAGCGCGGCCCCCGGCAGCUGCGCCCCCGCCGGCCUCAGCAGCCACACCUGCACCCGCAUCUCAGACCGAGAGCUGCGGGUGGCAGGCCGGGAGGGUGGGACCCGCACUCAGCGUCGCUACGGAAGCAUCUACACGCUGAGGCUGGACCCCGGCGCCCGCACCUACUGCUAUAAGGAGGAGGGCUGCCACACAGCCUCCCGCUCGGGUCACUGUGCCGCCCUGCUCCGGACUCCCGGGCCCCACCCAGCUCACCAGCUGCUGCUCUUUGGGGGUUGCAACUCGGCUGAACCAGAAGUAGCUGGGCAUUGGAGUCCGGGAAAGAUUAAGGAGGAACCACCUGCUGCCCCCCAUUUGAUGGAACAGCUUGCCAGGCUUGUGAGCACUGGGCAGGGGUCCCAGCAGGGGCCUCGGGGACUUCGGCAUCACUCAUGUUCUGUGGUGGGGCCCUUCGCUGUGCUGUUUGGUGGAGAAACUCUGACCAGAGCCAGAGAUGCCAUCUGCAAUGACCUCUACAUCUAUGACACCCGCAAGUCCCCUUCCAUGUGGUUCCACUUCCCCUGUGCAGACCAUGGGCUGAAACGCGUGGGCCAUCGGACCUGCCUUUGGAAUGAUCAGCUUUACCUGGUUGGGGGUUUUGGUGAGGAUGGCAGGACACCUAGUCCACAGGUUUGCAUCCUAGACCUAUUUAUCUAAAGAGUAGUGCCAAGACACAGCCUCUGUUUUGUUGCAAACUCAUAAACCACUACCACCAGAGCUAUCUGCCUCAUUUCAAAUGCUUAUUAAAUUUCAAUCGGAGACUCAA